CGAGCUCCUCACUCUGCCAGCACGGAGGACCGGAUCUGAACGGACCGGACGGGACCGGAUGGUACUGGACCGGCCAGAGCAGGACUUGGCAGUCGGGCGGAUUUCAGUGGGAGAGGAGAACAUCAGAGACAGCUGGUUUAGAGAGGAAGGUGGAGUGAGGGUGCUGCAGACUCCUGGGUGGGAAACGAGGGACUGAGGAGGUGACCUGCAGGCUAGCGUGAUGGCGUGCCGGGGGCUCUCCGCCCAUCUCCCUCUUCUUCUCCUCGUCCUCCUCGUCCUGGUGGGGAUCCUUCCCGCGGCCAAUGGCUCCGGCUACCUGUCCGGUUAUCGGCAGAAGUCGCGCCUGCAGAGGGACCGCCACUUCCGCAACAUCCGGCCCAACAUCAUCCUCAUCCUCACCGACGAUCAGGACAUAGAACUGGGCUCAAUGCAGGCCAUGAACAAAACUCGGCAAAUCAUGGAGAAGGGCGGCACCCAUUUCUCCAACGCCUUCUCCACCACGCCCAUGUGCUGCCCGUCGCGCUCCUCCAUCCUGACGGGCAAAUACGUGCACAACCACCACACCUACACAAACAACGAGAACUGCUCCUCGCCCUCGUGGCAGGCCCACCACGAGCCGCACACCUUCGCCGUGCAUCUCAACAACUCUGGCUACAGGACAGCCUUCUUUGGAAAAUAUCUGAACGAGUACAACGGCUCCUAUGUGCCCCCUGGCUGGAAGGAGUGGGUAGCGCUGGUGAAGAACUCUCGCUUCUACAACUACACCCUCUGCAGGAACGGCGUGCGAGAGAAGCACAGCGGCGUCUACUCAAAGGACUACCUGACAGACGUCAUUACCAACGACAGCACCAACUACUUCCGCAUGUCGAAGAGGAUGUACCCUCACCGCCCCGUCAUGAUGGUCCUGAGCCACGUGGCGCCGCACGGCCCGGAGGACUCCGCCCCGCAGUACAGCACGGCCUUCCUCAACGCAUCGCAGCACAUAACUCCCAGCUACAACCACGCCCCAAACAUGGACAAGCACUGGAUCCUCCGCUACACGGGCGCGAUGAAGCCCGUCCACAUGCAGUUCACCAACAUGCUGCAGCGCCGGAGGAUGCAGACGCUGCUGUCUGUGGACGACAGCGUGGAGAAGCUCUACAACAUGUUGGUGGAGACGGGGGAACUCGACAACACCUACCUCAUUUACACCUCCGACCACGGCUACCACAUCGGGCAGUUCGGUCUGGUCAAGGGCAAGUCCAUGCCUUAUGAGUUUGAUAUCCGAGUGCCCUUCUUUGUACGAGGACCUAAUGUGGAGCAAGGUGCCAUUAAUCCCCAUAUAGUGUUAAACGUCGACUUGGCGCCGACUCUGCUGGACAUGGCCGGUGUUGAUAUUCCUGCAGAAAUGGACGGCAAAUCCAUCCUCAAGCUGCUGGACACAGAGCGGCCAGUCAAUAGGUUCCAGUUGAACAGGAAGGGUAAAACAUGGAGAGAUUCUUUCCUGGUGGAGAGAGGGAAGCCUCCGCACAAGAGAGGAGAGGAAAUGGCCCAGGAGGAGAACUUCCUGCCAAAAUACCAGAGGGUGAUGGACUUGUGCCAGAAAGCAGAGUACCAGACCUCCUGCCAGCAGCCAGGACAGAAGUGGCAGUGUGUCGAGGACCCGACUGGCAAGCUGAGGCUGUAUAAGUGCAAGGGCAUGGCCAGUCUCUAUGCCCCACGUAUGCAGGCUCUGAUGGCCGGCGGCGCCUCCCACGUCCAGCUGCCUCCCACUUCGGACUCCGACAGCUGCAACUGCGACGACGUGGGCUUCAAAACAUCCUUCCUGAAGAGGAAGAGGCUGCUCACCAAGAAGACGAUGAAAUCCAAGAAGACCGCCUCUAGGAAGCGCUGGGCCCGCUCGGUGUCGUUUGAGCUGGACGGUGACCUGUACGCCGUAGACCUGGAGGGGGGCUACCGGCCCCGGGGCUCCAGGAACAGCAGCAGGGCUAAAGACCGGAGGAGAGGAGAGGGGAACGAGGAGGACGAUGAUGAGUUCAGUGGCAUGGGAGUCACCGCCAAACCCACCGCCAGCAGUAAACCCACACAACCCGCUGCUCUGAAAGUCACCUACAGGUGCUCCAUUCUUAUGAACGACACGGUGAAAUGUGACGGGGGCCUCUACAAGUCUCUUCAAGCAUGGAAAGACCACAAACUGCACAUUGAGCACGAGAUUGAAACCUUGCAGACCAAAAUCAAGAACCUGCGUGAUGUCAAAGGUCACCUGAAAAAGGUGCGGCCAGAGGAUUGUCAGUGCACCACACCCAGUUACGUCCUCAAGAAUAAAGAGACGUUCAGGCUCAACGCGGGGCGCAUGCACUCCGCCAGGAUGCCAUCCAAGCAAAAGAAUCUGUGGCUGCAGAAGGAGCAGAAGCGCAAGAAGAAGCUACGUAAAUUCCUCAAGAGGCUCCAAAACAACGACACUUGCAGCAUGCCCGGCCUCACUUGUUUCACCCAUGACAACCAUCACUGGCAAACCGCCCCCUUCUGGACGAUGGGCCCAUUCUGUGCAUGCACCAGUGCCAACAACAACACCUAUUGGUGCCUCAGGACCAUCAAUGACACACACAACUUCCUGUUUUGUGAAUUUGCUACCGGCUUCCUGGAGUAUUUUGACCUCAACACUGACCCAUACCAGCUGAUAAAUGCUGUAAGCACCCUCGACCGCAACGCUCUGAAUGCAAUGCAUCAACAGCUCAUGGAAUUACGGGGCUGCAAGGGGCAUAAGCAGUGCAACCCGGAGAAGGGAGGAAAGGAGCGAAACUAUUUCAGCGAAUACAGGCCAGUUCAUCGUCGAAAGAGGCCAAAAGUGAAGAAGCCUUCCUCCAAAUCGCUAGGGCAGAUUUGGGAAGGGUGGGUCGGGUAACCACCCGCAUCCCUCAACCCGCCACAUCGGCCUUCUCCAGCGAAAGGAAGGAGAAGGAGGGUUGGAGGCAAAACCCCCGAGGACCUUGAUCACACUUCGAUGGACCAUAACCUGAGAUACUACUUCACCCUAAUCUGGGGGUUUCAUUUUUAAAGAGAGCGCUGCUCUUCGUAACUCUAAACCGGGCAAAGGAGACGCUGAGACUUGAGAGGAAGCUGAAAGACUCUCCCAUCUGUCACUUCUACCUUUUGCACACAUGUCUUUUCAUCUUCUGUUCCCCCUCAGCCGUCAGUACCAUUAACAUCAACAGGAUGCUGUGAAUCCGGUGGCACCGUUUGAUGUCCACGAGCCAUUCUGUCUAACAGUACUGCUUGUACAUAAUAUAUAUAUAUCGGCUUUAAUCGGCUUUCUUUUUCAUGGGCGUAAAAACGUGAUGAGUCACGUGUCGACUCUGCUGCUACUCGACGACGUCAUGGCCUCGUGAUGUCUCCGUGGCACGUGCUGAUCAGCUAAAUCACUAACGCUUGGAGUAACAACGAGACGUAUUUUCUUUCUUUUUUUCCGCACCGACGUGUCUCCACCAAUCGACUUGUACGGUCUCCACACGUGGAAAAGUGGUACGGACUUUUGAAUGACCGGACAGGACUCUCCGCCAUAAUCUUUUGUAUUAUAGUUGAUCUUAACGCCGAUGAAUGUCCUUUUAUGAAGCGUCGUCUUCCCUCGAAGCCGUGAGGUGCGAGGGCGACGAGCUGUUUGCCUGCCUUCACCCGACCCCCAUCCGGUGUCAGCCACACUCUGAACAGGCAUACAGUCGUCACCAUCUCACGAUGGUACAGUCCAAAAACCCUCCAGAAUAUUUGACCUCUGGCAGGAUGCAUCAUUAGUGAAUGCCCUUUUGCUCCUUUGUGUUGUCAGUGCCACCAUAAUUGUUUGUUCAGCUUGCUAUACAUGGUGCUAAAGGAUAACAAUAAAGAAGGAAAAUCUUGCUGUACAGUACAGUAUGUAUUUGAAUGUAUGUUGUGCAAUUAAUAUAAAUGUUUACAAUAUUUUUUAUAAUACUGAAGAGGCCGACCUCCUUGUAUGAUAUGGGUUGACAAGACUUGUAGGGAGAAAUGUAGCUUGAGAAAUGCCAUUGGCCAGAACGUGUAUGUCUGUCCUUUCCUUAUUUACAUCGGAAAAGCACUUAAAGGGUUCACUGUGAAGAGAAGCGCCGCGUACGUCUGAUGGCUGUAUAGUUUACUCUGUGCCAGAGAACAACAGUGUAAUACUUAUUGAUGUGAAUUUUAACUACCUGCCUUUCUUAGC